AUGGACGCGUACGACCUAUGGAAGCACAACUGCAACAACUUCUCAAAUGACUUCGCAACAUUCCUCCUGGGCAAGGGAAUACCGGAUCACAUCCUCCAUAUGCCCGAUGCUGUCUUGCAAUCGCCCAUGGGGAGGAUGCUCAUGCCCGCCCUGAACCAGCAGGUCGAGGCGGGCAGGCAAAGCAGAGAAGGAAUCUGGGGUAUCCAGAACGGCCACGCAGCGUCAGCGCCUGUCCAACCCCAGUUCCAGCAUCAACAGGCCACGGUUCGGACGGUCACCAACUCCCACGAGCUUGAAUCAUUGCUCGCAAGCUCCCAAAAGUCCUGCGCCGUGGUUUUCUUCACAUCUGCAACCUGCGCCCCUUGUAAGAUGCUGUAUCCCCUGUAUGACGAGCUCGCAGCCGAGGUUGGAGACAAGGCAGUGCUUGUCAAGGUGGACAUCUCACAAGCAUUUGACGUUGGCAGUCGGUACUCGGUCCGAGCCACUCCCACCUUCAUCACCUUUCUCCACGGCAAAGAAGAAAACAGGUGGUCUGGAGCCGACCCGGCAGCCCUGCGCGGAAACGUUCAGCUGCUUGUGCAGAUGGCGCACCCAACCCAUCCCCACGCGUCACUGAGGCUGCCGAGUUUGCAGAAUCUCGAAGCCAAGCCUGUUCUGUUCACCAAGAUCCCACCAUUGCAGAAACUACUCGCAAAAAUGGGUGCCGCAGCAGAUCAGGAAGCUGUCAAGGCCCUCGCGCAUUUUAUAGAGGCUCGCAGCAAAGAAGGCCCCGCCAACGACCCGCUUCCCGAUAUGCAAACCCUCACGGCUUUCCUCCAGGCCUCGACGAGUACCUUGCCACCUGAGCUCAUGUUCACAGUCAUCGACCUCCUCCGUUGUGGCCUCGUCGACCCUCGCCUGAGCGGUUUCUUCGCCGAAGAGAAAGACCACGCCACAAUCCUGUCCCUCCUCUCCUACGUCAACGGCCUGAAGGACUGCCCGUAUGCACUAAGGCUCGUCACACUGCAGAUGGCCUGCAACCUCUUCACGACUCCUCUCUAUCCAGACCAGAUCCUCACGCACGAGGGUCUGCGGUCCGCAGUUACCGGCCUGAUAUCAGCCAGCUUCCUGGACGACAACCACAGCAACGUCCGCGUAGCCGCGGCUUCGCUGCUGUUCAAUGUCGCGCUGGCCAACAACCGCAAGCGGCGCACGAGCCAGGGCGACGCGCUCCCCGAGGCCGACCAGGUCGAGCUUGCCGCCUCGCUUCUCGAGGCUAUUGCCCAGGAGGGCGAGUCCACCGAGGCUCUGCAGGGGAUGCUGCUCGCGUUGGGGUAUCUGACGUACCUUGCGCCGCUAGACGGGGAGUUGGUGGACCUGCUGAGGGUCAUGGCUGCGGAUGACACGGUGAAGGGUAAGGAGGGCACGUUCAAAGACUUGGCGCUGGUUCAGGAAGUGGGUGCCGAACUACUCGGGAAGGGCCUUCGGAAGCCUUAA